AUGUCUAGCAGGCGCAACUCCGCGCAAGCGCGGCGCAAAUCCGCGACUCCACACAGCGACGACGACGUAGAUAUGGAAAACAACAGUGCGGAUGGAAUUGAGAGUGAUGCAGAGGGAGAAAUGGUUAUUGACGGGCGCGACGACUUAUAUGAAAUGAUUGAUCGUCUGUCCACGCUCUUGUGCGCCGUUUCUGAAGACGGCGAAGAACUUGCUGCAGGCUUUCAGCGCAUUCCAAAUCGCCGAACAGUUCCGGAUUAUUUCGAGAUAAUAUCUGAUCCAGUGGCGUUCAGUACUGUUAGGGGUAAAAUACAAAAAAAGCAAUACGCGAGCUUUCCGGAAUUUGUCAAAGACGUGUCGCAAAUUUUUCACAAUGCGCAAGUUUACAACCGUCCCUCGGCCCCCAUCUUCGGCGCCGCGAUCAAACUACAAGGAAUUUUCAGAGAGGAGCUGGACAAGCUUGUGCGAUCUUCGCAAAUUACCAAGGAAGAGGCUGCUCUACCCAACCUCGGAGAAUUACCUCCUGUGGAGGAAUCUCCAUCUCGAGAUUCUGAGGCUGAAGUCUCAGAUGACGAUGACGACGACGACGAAGACGAGGCAGAAGACGACGACGACGAAGAAUACGGUGCCGGUGCUGGUAGGCGCGGCAAACGCCGGCUACAACGGUCGUCUGCCAGGAACCGCGAUGCUGACAUGGACGAUGAUACUCACAAAGGAAGAGGACGUCCUCCAAUGGUUCUCACACCUGUUGAGGCCCGUAUCUCGUCUGUUCUCAAGGGUAUUCGACGGUUCAAGGCAAAUAACGGUGCCUUGCUCAUCACUCCAUUUGAAAAGCUGCCAGACAGAGCGGCGCUACCGGAUUAUUACCAAACGAUCACGAAUCCGAUUGCUCUCGACCACAUCAAGAAGAAAUCCAAACGCAAGAAGUACAACAGCGUGGACAAGUUUCUUGAUGAUAUGAAUUUGAUGUUCGAGAACGCGAAGGCCUACAAUGAAGAUCAAAGCGAGCUUUACAAAGCUGCUGCUGAAUUACAAAAGGAAACUCAGACAUUGGUCGAGCAAGAGAAAGCAAAGUCAGAUGACGAGUUUCGUGACGAGGAUGGGAAGCUUCCCGUAGUUCAGGUUGAGCAUGAUGGAAACGUCUGGAGAGUUGGGGAUUGGGUUCAUAUUCGAAACCCAAAUGACCUUGCGAAGCCGAUUGUAGGCCAGAUCUUCCGAAUGUGGCAAGAUCGCGAAGGAGAUAAGUGGAUCAAUUCCUGCUGGUACUAUCGGCCGGAGCAAACUGUCCAUCGCUUCGAGAAGCACUUCUUCGAGCACGAGGUUGUAAAAACGGGGCAGUACCGCGAUCACCAAGUUGGCGAGAUUGUGGAUCGCUGCUUCGUUAUGUUUGUGACGCGAUUUAACAAAGGACGCCCGCGUGGCCUUCCAGCUGAUAAGCAUGUCUACGUGUGCGAAUCCCGAUACAAUGAGGACAACUUUCGAUUCAACAAGAUCAAAACGUGGGCCAGCUGCGUUCCAGACGAAGUGAGGGACCGCGACUAUGAAAUGGAUCUUUUCGAAGCCCCUCGCCCAAUGAGAAAAGUACCCAGUCCCAUCAAGCAUCUUUUGCGUGAGGAUGCGAAGGUCUCGGAUGAGCUUCCGCGUCCAACUUGGGGCAGCCCGAACGCGCCACCGAUUGUUGGCGCCGUGCAUCGUCGACCUCCAGAGUCGCAUGAAACGCCGCCUCCCGAGUCUAUCCAGAUGGAUCCUGCUGCUGCUCCUGAGAGCCAAUUAGAUCCAACGCGUCAGGGCUCAGUUAUCUCUCAGGGACGAGACGGACAUGGAGACCAGCAAGUAUCCAGUGGUACUUCUUAUGGUGGUGCACUUGGGCCCUCAUCCCCUGGACAAUAUCAUCCCCAGGCAAUGAACACUCAGCCAAGCACACCUCAGGCAGGGGUGCAUCCUCCGCAUCAGACGCCAGUACCACUUCCACAGAUACCAGCGCAUGCAACCUCAGCUCGCCCCGCACAGUACACGCAGCCACAUCAGCCUGGAUUUAUUCCAGGCUAUGCCGGAGGAUAUUCCCAGCCUCCUGCCGCCAUGCGCUAUCAGCAAGUCGGAAAUCCAGGCACGCCAGGGUACAAUGUUGCCCAAGGCUCGCGAAAUAUGGCUACUCAACCUCAGCCAGGUCACCACAACAAUGCCUAUAACCCACCCCGUCCACCAGAGGUCUAUACUCUACCUGACAGCACAAAUGAGGCUGUGCCGGCUCAUAUUCGCGCUCAGCUUCAACGCGACAAUGCAGGAAGGGUGCUUUUCUUUACCGCGCCGCCUUUGGAUCGCCCUCAUCAUCAACUAUCUCCUGAGGACAGCGGCCUGGGACAUAGCCUGCGAUAUCUUGCGGGUCAGGGAGAAUGGCGAGUGCAGAGAGAAAAUAAGCGAAAAGCGCGCGACCAAAUACGUUCGCAGAGCACUUCAAAGCGUACAGGACAGAGUGUUGACAUGACAGAUGGACAUCUCGCUGAGGAAGCGAGAGGGGCUGUAAAUCAUUGGUUCAGCCAAAUUGGUCAAGACGCAGAAAAAUGGAAGCAAGAGACUGGUCUAAGUCAUUGA